AUGCAUCAACCACCAGGAUUUGUUGACAGGCGUUUUCCUAAUUUUGUGUGUCGAUUGAAGAAAUCCCUUUAUGGUCUUAAGCAGGCCCCGAGGGCAUGGUACACCAGGUUCGCUACUCAUAUUUUAUCACAGGGAUUUCGUAGCAGUGUGUGUGACAACUCGUUGUUUGUCUACUAUCGGGGCUCCCAGACGGCUUAUUUACUUCUCUAUGUUGAUGAUAUUGUUCUCACUGCCUCCUCGGAUGAGUUAUUACAGGAUAUUAUUCGCAUGCUCUCUCGAGAGUUUUCCAUGACCGAUUUAGGCCCACUGCAUCAUUUUUUGGGGGUCAAGGUUACGCGGACGUCUGGUGGUCUUUUCUUAGACCAGGCACAGUCUACUAAGGGCAUUAUUUCACGUGCUUCUAUGUCCUCUUGUAAACCAUGCACGACACCUGUUGACUUAUCAACCAAACUUAGUGCUUCUGAUGGUUCUCUUUUUCAUGAUCCUACCUUAUAUCGCAGUCUGGCUGGUGCCUUGCAGUACCUCACUUUUACGCGCCCGGAUAUUUCAUAUGCUGUUCAACAGGUUUGCCUCUUCAUGCAUGCCCCACGGGAUCCUCAUUUUGCUUUUUUGAAGCGUAUUUUAAGAUAUUUACAAGGCACGGUUGAUUAUGGUAUUCGUAUUGGUAAGUCCAAUACGCACUCUUUGGUUGCCUAUUCUGACGCUGAUUGGGGUGGGUGUCCCGAUUCUCGCCGUUCUACUAGCGGUUAUUGUGUUUUUCUCGGUGAUAAUUUAAUUUCAUGGUCCUUCAAGCGGCAGCCGACGAUCUCUCGCUCCAGUGCUGAAGCCGAAUAUCGGGGCGUGGCUAAUGCUGUUGCUGAAGCAACUCGGCUUCGCAACUUACUCCUUGAACUGCAUCUUCUGCUUCGGAAGGCUUCUGUUAUUUAUUGUGAUAAUGUCUCUGCCGUUUAUAUGUCAGACAAUCCUGUCCAGCAUCAGCGGACCAAGCACAUCGAGAUAGAUAUUCAUUUUGUUCGUGAAAAGGUCCGUGUCGGACAUAUACGCGUGUUACAUAUGCCCUCAGCCUUACAGUUUGCAGACAUCUUUACCAAGGGACUUGCUCGUCAGUUAUUUCAGUCUUUUCGAUCCAGCUUGAGCGUCUGUCCACCGCCCGCUCAAACUGCGGGGGAGGCUUAG